CACUUCCACAUCCGCAUUUUUGUUCUCUGCGCAUACCCGAAACACUAUGGCGCCGCCGACCCAGGGCCCUCCCCGUCUAGGGGACAAAAUCCGCCAACUUAAGCAGAAGGCCGAAGAACUAGGCAUGAGCAGCGAUGGCCCGCUCGACUUCGAAGAGUACCUCAGGCGGAAACGAGAGGCCGACGCCGCAUCCUCGAAACUCCGCUUCAUUCCCAAGGCCAAGAGACUUGAGAUGGAGCAGGCCCAGAAGGCCCAGGAAGAAGCCGACAGGCAGCGGAAGGAGGCAGAACAACGAGAGGCUGCUCGUCGCCGACAAGAAGCACAACAAUCGUCGUUGCCCGGUUCGCGCGCGACCGGGAACUCCAAGAGAGAAGACACUACGAAACAACACAGCAAGGCCGACAAGCGCUCGUUUGAGGAGCUAGAGCAGGAACGGAUUCGGCUCAAGUACAUGGGCCCAGAAGUGAACCAGAGCACCUUCUCGGCGAGCAAGAAGAGGAAACGCGCAACCGCGAAGAAGUUCAAAUUCGACUGGGACUCGGAUGAAGACACUAGCCGGCCCGACGACGGAAAGGGCAACCAGCACCACAACAUUCGAUACGGCGGCUACGGCACAGACGAGGAGGACGAGAGGGUGCAAAGACAGGCCGAGCUGACUGAGAAGAUGGACCCGGUCCACGGCAAGGAGCGCGCAAGGGGGAUGCUGGAAAGCCACGAGCGCGCGAAGGCGAGUAGGAACCAGAACGCACUGGCGAAGCACUGGUCCGAAAAGUCGCUGGAGGAAAUGCGCCAGAGAGACUGGCGCAUCUUCAAGGAGGAUUAUGGUAUUGCUACCAAGGGCGGUCGGAUCCCCAACCCCAUGCGGAACUGGCACGAAUCGAAGCUCCCAAAGGACUUGCUCAGAAUCGUCGACCUGGUCGGCUAUACCGACCCGACCCCGAUCCAGAGGGCUGCGAUCCCGAUCGCGCUCGAGAAUCGGGACAUCAUCGGAGUUGCCGCAACCGGCUCCGGAAAGACGGCAGCCUUCUUGCUUCCGCUGCUUGUUUAUAUCCAGACUCUGCCGCCCAUUGAUGAGCGUAACAAAAACGACGGACCCUACGGCUUGAUUCUCGCGCCAACACGAGAGCUGGCGCAGCAGAUCGAGGCUGAGGCGAUGAAAUUUGCAACGCAGCGUGGGUACACGGUCGUCAGUCUCGUCGGUGGUCAUUCGAUAGACGGCCAAACCAUUGCACUACGCAACGGUGCCGAGAUCAUCGUGGCUACACCCGGCAGAUUGGUGGACUUUCUCGUGAGCCGCAAGCUGGUUCUCUCGCAGUGCUGCUAUAUUGUUCUGGAUGAAGCCGACCGAAUGAUCCAAGACGGCUUCGAGGAGUCUCUGACGACAAUCCUGGAUGCCCUGCCAGUAUCCAACGAGAAACCCGACACAGGCGAUGCGGAGGACCCUAAUGCGAUGUCCAUGUACCCCAGCUGGGAGCAUCAGCUGCCUUACCGCCAGACUAUGAUGUACACGGCAACGAUGCCCUCAUCGGUCGAGCUCCUUGCUAAGAAAUAUCUGAGGCGGCCCGCCAUGGUCACGAUCGGAAACGCCGGCGAGGCAGUUGAUACGGUCGAGCAGAGGGUAGAGUUUAUUGGUGGCGAAGACAAGCGCAAGAAGAGGCUGCAGUACAUCCUCAACUCGGGCCAGUUCCGGCCCCCCAUCAUCGUUUUCGUCAACAUCAGGCGGAACUGUGAUACAGUGGCCAAGGAAAUCAAGGCAAUGGGCAAGUCUGCAGUCACGUUGCACGGAGGCAAGUCUCAGGAGCAACGUGAGCUGGCGCUCAAGUCUGUGCGUGACGGGAAAACCGAAGUUCUGGUCGCGACGGACCUGGCUGGGCGUGGUAUCGACGUCGCCGACGUUUCUCUGGUCAUCAACUUCAACAUGGCCACAAAUAUCGAGUCCUACACCCACCGCAUUGGUCGUACAGGACGUGCCGGCAAGAGUGGUGUGGCCAUCACGUUCCUAGGCAACGAGGAUGCGGACGUCAUGUACGACCUCAAGCAGAUGAUCUUGAAGAGCUCGAUAUCCAAGCUUCCGGACGAGCUGAGGCGGCACGAGGCGGCACAAUCCAAACCCACAAAAGGCGGUGGUGGUGGAAAGAAGGACAAUAUUCUAAGAUGAGGAGUGAGAGGGUAGUAAUCUUGUAGGAAUAGAGCCACACAGGAGGUGCGCAGGAAAAAUGAGACCGCAACGUGACAGGUGAAGAACGACAUGCUGCACUACCGAGUCCAGAUUCGUCUCCAUAUCCAAAUUUGGCCGUACUUGAUAGUGCCUUGACAUGGUAGGUCGGUCGAUGCCCGAGAAUAGAAGGUUGCUUCCACGCUCACUGUAAAAGUCAUGCACAUGCAGAAAGCCGAGGGACGGAUUAGGCACAACCCC